UCCGAGAGAGUAGUCGAUCACCAUCAUUGCUAAGCAGUCGCCAUUUUCCCGACAAAUUUGUGUGAUGCGAGUUUGUGCUUGUCUCAAUAAUCAGCAUUUUUACUAUUCUACUAUACGUUUGCUCUCAUCAUUUAAAGUAUAAUAAAAUAAUCGAAAAAAGCUUGGGCAGUGAAUUUGUAUCUUUCGAGCAACGAUAUUACAAGUUUUCGAGAUGUCCAAUGGCAGUGGUGAUCAUGAUGAUGAGGGGGGAUAUGUCGUGAAAUUGCGCGGCUUACCCUGGUCAACAACGGUUGAUGAGAUUCUCAAGUUCUUCAGUGAUUGUCGUAUAUGUCAUGGAAAAGCUGGUAUUCACAUGACUAUGUCUCGGGAGGGAAGACCCAGUGGUGAGGCGUACAUUGAAAUGGAGAGCGGGGAGGACAUUGAAAAAGCUUGUAAACGUGACAGGGAUCAUAUGGGACACCGUUAUAUCGAAGUCUUUAAAGCUAAAAGAAGUGAAAUGGACUGGGUCGUCAAGAGAAGUGGCUUAAAUCUCGAAAAUGUUAUGGAUGAUGGCUGCGUUCGACUACGUGGCUUACCAUUUGGAUGCUCCAAAGAAGAAAUUGCGCAGUUCUUCUCAGGGUUGGAGAUAUUGCCGAACGGGAUUUCGCUACCAACAGACUUCACGGGCCGCAGUACUGGGGAGGCUUACGUUCAAUUUGUUAACAAAGAUGUCGCGGAGCGCGCUCUACAGAAACACAAGGAAAAGAUAGGACACAGAUAUAUUGAAAUAUUCCGGAGCAGUUUGUCCGAGGUACGUGCGAGCAUUGGUCCAAAAAUGCGAGGUGGUCCGAUGAGCGGUGGAUAUAAUCAGAGGCCUGCACCUUAUGACCAGAGAGAUCGAUUUGGCGGUAUGAAUCGCUUCAAUAAUAAUGGAAGAACUGGAAGAAAUCGCGGAGAUUUCGAUGGUGGUCCAUGGGGAAGCUCAAACAAUUAUGGAUCCCGAGGGGCUGGAGGAAUGGGCAUUAGAGGAGGGAUGGAGAUGAAAGGUUCUAAUUACCGUACUGGCGGCGGCGGCGGUGGUGGUGGUGUUGGUGGUGGUGGUGGUGGUGCUGGCGGCGUUGGCGUUGCUGGUGGUGUUGGUAGUGGAGGCGGUGAUAACUGGAGUGGAAGCGCGGGUAUUCACUGUAUACACAUGCGUGGACUACCUUUUAGAGCAACUGAACAGGAUAUUGCAGACUUUUUUAGACCAGUUGCCCCAGUCAAUAUCAGAAUUAUUCUUGAGAACAAUGGACGAGCAUCUGGAGAAGCUGAUGUUGAAUUCGCUACUCAUGAAGAAGCUGUCAAAGCCAUGUCUAAGGAUAAGAGUCACAUGUCUCACAGAUACAUUGAACUAUUCCUCAACUCAUCGGGUUCAUCUGGCGGUGGAGGUGGUGGUAUGUCCCUGGGAGGAAUUGGCAACUUCUGCGGUGGUUUAGCCAACAACUUCAGGCCUGGAUACUCUCCCAAUAAUCGAGGCUAUAACAGCCAACUGGGUGGUAAUAAUUAUAACAGUUUCUGAGAUGCAACUCAAUCCGCUAAUCGUCAUCGUCGUUAAAAUAAUUGGACGAAAGCAAUUGAUAAAUGAAAACAACAAAAAAAAGGUGUUUUUUUUUUUUUCACUUUCAAAUAAUUGGCAAUGAUAAUGAAUGGAACGAUAAUUAAUUCAAUUUAAUCCAUUGUUAUCUAAGGGGAGAAUUAUUGAAUAGAGCAAAAGUACUGAUAACUUUCCACAAUUAACAUUGGAGUGCAUUGAAUAUUAGAUAAUUAAGAUUAAUGUAUUUCUCAUCAUAUGAAUGGAAACAAGAGUGACAACAGUACGUCCACGUAUGCUCGAAAUGAGCAUAUUAUUUUCUAUCACGAUAGAAAUAUAUGAAUUUUCAUCAUUCUUUUCUUUUUCAAAAUGACAAAUGGAAAUAAAGCUGAAAUGAAAAUGAUGAUUUUGUAGUUGAACCGCAAGUAAUUGGCUUGAGUAGUUUGUCUCUUUUUUUUUUUUUAUAUAAUAAUAAACAUUUAUAUCGAAAUAUUGUCAGGCUUGUAAAAGCAUAAUGACAUUUUUUAAAUGUCAUUCACUCAUUCGUACGUAAUUGACUCAAGACUAAAAUAAAUCUGCAAACAUUUAAAUUCAAAUAAAUAAAAACACUAUUGAGGGAAAUUUUGCGAAUAUUAUUACAUGAUGAUUGUCGAGUGAAUUAUUCCCCCUCUCCCUUUUUCUUGUGUGUAAAGUGCCAAUUUCGUGCGGAAUUCACAAUAUAUUCUAAGGCAUAUUGACUCUUUUCAAUUAUAAAUGCUUUGAAAUCUACUGGAAGAAGGCAAUAAUAUUUUUUCAUCAAUAUGAAGAUUUUAUUCAGUCGCAUCGCGUCGUCUCUACUAGUUGUUGCACUACUAAUAAUUAAAUGAGAAAUAUUUGACUUUCGAGAACAUAAAAGAACAGCAAAAAAAACUUGUACAUGAUAUCCAAUUUUCCUUGUGUCAAUUGUAAUUUUCAAGAUAAAACAAGAAACGUGAUAAUAAAGUAACUACAAAGAGUAA